GCCUCCUCAAUUCAGCCCUUCCUCAGCAAAUGCAGAACCAUGAGCCGUGAUGAACUCAAUGGCGAUCUUAUCUACAUGCCUCUACUCACUUGCCGGAAUUCUCCUGCUCGCCUAUGGCACUAACUUCAUGAUGUAUAACGUCUUCACGGGUUCUGCAUCGCAUCCUCCGAGUAGAGAAGCAAUAAGUGCAGGUACUGGAUCCAGGGGUUGUCCCCAUGAGCCUGUCGAACGCUUCAGAGUCGGCUUCGGUCUCGGUCCCGGCGCGACGCUGUUCGGCUACCCGUCGAAGAAAGGCGGCGUCUACGUGCUAGAAGGCGUCCUGGGCGUGGAGCUUGACUUCCUGGGCCUGGACCGUUUCCACCCUACGCCACGAAAGUCAUUUUCUGACCCUGCUGAAGAGGAGGCCGAUGAGGAUGCGUGGUGUUACAAGCUACGACAACUAGGCGCAAUCUGGUGGAAGGCCAGGUACGAUUAUGACAUGAUGUUGAUAGGGGGGGACAUCUGGAGAGGAGACGAUCCCUUCGUCACGACCGGGUGGCCGGCGACGGGAGGAGUUUGGAUACUGAAGACGACGAAGGGUGAUGCUCGCGGGAGAGGUGUAGGUAUCAUACACAAUGCGUAUAAUAUGGAGGAACGGUGUAGGGCUAUCGAGAAAGUCGGGGGUGUCUUUUAUACUGAUCCGAAGGAUUGUCCUGAUUUGGAUUUGGAUUGAGGAUAGUAUCUACCUACAUCGACGACUGUUCUGUCUCUAGCUUAAACCAACCUCGACGCAGGAACCAAGGGAUGCUACAAAAACAUGAAACAUUAAAACAAUAGAAGCUCAGAAACUUGGCAUCAGCCGGUCCCCGGAGUUAACCUUGAUACGCGGGGUAACUUACAGUGUGCGUGACCUUCCCCCACC